UCUUGCCAUCUUAUUUUUUCUUCUAUUUGACCUGAGAAUAGUCAAGUACCCUCAGAAGGCUCAUUAAAAAACUCAUUACGUCAGAAGGGAAGAUUAACCAGCAACGCAGGCGAUGUACUGGGCCACCGGAAGUGCUCGAGUUCUGGCCGUGGAGCCCUCGUUGCUGAAGCGAAGCUCAGAUGGCGAGGAUGAGGAGCUUGAGCUGGUCCUUCCAGUGAUUGCCUCGGAUCAUAAUAUCAGUAGCAACGAUAUCGAAACUAACACUCAGAAUGGUAUCCAGUCACGCAUCAUCAAGGGCACGGGUAGCGGUAUCGUAGACAUGGCACGGAACGAGCAGGGUUCCUUAUGGGCGACCAUUACACGCGAGUCCAUUCAACUGUGGGUUCAUCGGCCUGUAGGCGUCAUCUCUAAGGUCGUCAGAACUCCUAAAUCCCUUUUAGACCAUGGCGCAAACCAACGCGUGCUUUGGAAGCCCGACUCGACGAUGCUGGUCGUUGUUACAGAGCAAAGCUUUUUACACCUCUACAAAGUUGUAUCACAAGGAAACGAUGGUACACGCUACCAACUGACAAAUAGCAAAAGCUAUGCCUUGGGACCAGGUGAAGGCGUCGGCUUCCCAGAUCUGUCCAUCAAGUUUAAAAUGACUAUCAAGAUGGACGCGGGCGUAUCAAGUCUCAUUGGACUGGAUUCAGAUAUUGUUGUUGCCACUGUUAAUCCUCCAGCAGUUCAACUCAUUCCAUGGAUGGGCAAAGUUGAUGUCAAGACGUGUUUAAUCCGUCAUCUGAAUUUUUUACUCGACAAAUCCGUAAAAAUUGUAGCGAUGAGUCGUUUCCCAAAAUCAACGACGCAAACAUGGUGUAUGUCUGAUGGAAAAGCCUACAUUGUGUAUUAUACCCCAAACAUCUCCGAAACAGGUUCUCCAAGUUCGAUACCAUCAAAUGGUGACAGUUGGUACGGGUUCUGCUUUCAUGGCAACCCUGAGGGAUUUGAUAUGCAAGACGCAGGUGUUGUUGCUGCGAGCAAUCCUGAAUAUAGUCUCUUAGCAAUUGGAACGCGCGGAGGCGAUGUGCGCAUUUUUAAAUCAGGCGAGCAUGCAGGACAAUGGGUUUUUUCGCACAAGCUACCGUUGAAAGAGUCACAGGGUUAUAAUAGCACUCAUGAUAAAAUUUUAUCUCUCGCAUGGAACUCGGACGGAACGGCAUUAGCUAUUGGGCAGGGAUCUCGCUGUCCCUCCAUUUGGAGUGUAUUCGGUCGACGACUCUUUCCUUCUGCUGCUCAUGAUAUUCCAAUCUUGAAAAAUGCCAGUGAAGAUCCAUACUUGCAAGGGUCAAGAACACUCUUUUGGAGUGCAGGCAACAUGGAACUCAUUGUAUUGGGUGCAGACGACUCGAGUUCCAAUAUUUAUACUAUCCCAUGUGCAAAAGUUAUACCUUCGGUCCAGAACCACCUUAGUUCUGCUCCACAGUGUUUAUUGCAUCUAAACGAUCGCCUGUUAGUAUACAGUGAAGGCCAUCGACAGGAUGUUUCAUCAACAAUCAAUCCUGACACCUUUGUGUGGAAUAAUGUCAUGGUGCCUGCUGUAUAUUUAAGUGACAACUGGCCGAUCAGAUAUUCUUGUCUCAGUCAUGACGGUCAUUUUCUUGCCAUUGCUGGACGACGAGGUCUUGCUCAUUAUAAUCUACAUUCGUGCCGUUGGAGACUAUUCGGUAACUGGCAACAAGAACAGUCUUUCAGGUGUCAGGGGGGUUUGGCAUGGUUCAAAAAUAUUUUGAUUGCUGGGUGUGAGACGAUAGAAGAUAAGCGCUCCGAGCUACGACUGUACCAGCGCGAGAAUAAUUUGGACAACAACGAUAUCAUCUUUACAGAGCAGUUUGAAUCACGAAUUGCCCACAUCUCUGUCUGGCGAUCAUCUCUUUUGGUUUACACCUCCAACAAUACCCUAUACUGCUAUUCCCUUGGAAGUGCGAAACGCGUUGAUUUACAGUUGAUCUGGAAGACAUCGCUUAAGGAUAUUGUGGAGUCGCCUACACUCUUGAAGUCUGUAUCCAUCUUGACAUCUCAAAGUCCAGAUGGCAAUGAUGCUACCCAUAUUACGCUGCUCGUUGAUGGCAAGGUCUAUUUCCUUCGCCCAGAAUUCUUGUCUGAUGGAAAUGUGAGACUAUCCUUCAGGCAGAUCACAGAUAAAGUCGAAUACUACUGGAUUACAAGGUCUGCUCACGAUAAUAAUGACUAUUCACUAUGGGUUUUCAAUGGCAAGACAUUGAAGAUGUGGUGGAAUGUAUUCGGACCUGGAAGCAGCGAAAUGAGCCUAGCGACAUUUGCAAAGCAUAACUUCUUGGAAAUGGAUCUUGAAUUUUAUCCGCUAGCCAUUCUCCCCGAGAGAGGCAUCGUUUUGGGCUUAGAACCAGAGAUUGCAAUCCACAAACCUAAAUCUAUCGCCAUGUUCAAAAUGGCUACUAAGACGCAUCUAUUCUUGCAGACAAUCCUUCGCCAUGUAUUGACGCAUAAUGUUGAUGGUGAAUGGGAGGCAUAUGAGUUUGCAAAACAUUACCAGGAUUUAGGAUACUUUGGACAUGCUUUAGAAAUACUUUUGCACAAUGUUCUGGAGGAUGAAGCUGAAUCCGGUAUUGGCUUCGAGGAAGGCGCGGUCCUGCCGAGGGUUGUCAAUUUCCUGCAGCAAUUCCCCCAUUAUUUGGAUGUUAUUGUAUCCUGCGCCCGUAAGACUGAGGUUGCAUUGUGGGAAUAUCUUUUUUCAAUUGUGGGUGCUCCCAAGGAGCUAUUUGAGCAAUGUUUGGCGGCAGACCAACUCAAGACUGCAACAUCCUAUCUGCUUAUCUUGCAUACUCUCGAACCACUCCAGACAACAAGUCAAGAUACUGUUCGGCUCUUGGAGAAGACUUUACAAUCUGAAGACUAUGAGCUUUGUAAAGAGCUUGUUCGUUUUCUAAAUUCGAUCGAUUCCACCGGUGCCACUCUCCAGCAAGCGCUUUCAAUGGUGUCUGUAACGAGCGCAUAGGCCUUUGGCGCUUUGUGAUUUUAAUGAGGGUAUGUCAAACAACAGAGUGGCAAACAAGGGGUGUUUGGGUCUUUUGUGGAUGAGUUUUUCUAAGGAUGAGUUUAGAGUAAAAGGUUUGAAGGACUCUUGAUAUCCCUCUUCUGUUUCAAUCAUGAUUAAUAUUUUUUGAUGAAUCCCAAAUUCACUUUUCCAAAGGACAACCUCUUGUAUCUCAGCUCUACUUAAUUUUUCUUUCUUUUUGUGGUGUUAUACGAUACCCUAUCCUCUCUUCUUUAACCCACCCAUAUUCUUCAGUGAAGAUUAAGGACUUCAUUCUGAGCGUUGCUUCUUCCACUGGCCAUUGAAUAAAGCCUACCAUUGCGCAUUGGUCUUGAUAAAGAAGCAUACAUUGAAGACAUUGAGCG